AUGGCCGCGGGGGGCGCCGCGGCCGCCUCGGUGGCGCCGCCCGCGAUGGCGGCGCCUGGGCCUGCCGCUGGAGCAUGGGUCGCGCUGCGGCUGCUGAAGGGCCGCGGCGAGUCCUGCGACGUCGGCGUCGCCCGGAGGGCGCUCCAGGGGCCCACUAAGCUCCAGGGCUGCGGCCAGAACUGCGCGGAUUCCGUGGGCAAGCGCGUCGAUCACGACGCCACGAGGGACUGGCAGGUCGGCGAGAAGUCUGCGCAGCGGGGCACGCAGGCCAAUGAGGGCGAGGGCCUGUCCGGGUACGCGGACGGCACCAUGCAGAUGAACGGCAUUGGCGAUUUUGGCAUUCGUGGAGGCGUCGACGUUGUCGUCGAGGAGCCUUUCCACGUGGCCGAGGCCAUCACCCGGAAGGACACGCUGGACGUCGAGCCUCACGGCAAUGACGUGAGCUUCGACGGGGCACAGCGCGGACGGUGGGCGGACGGGAUAGACGAGGACAGCUUGACUAGCGGCACCAAGAACCAGGAAGUAGAGCACGACGGCCUGAUCCCGAUCGUGCUGCACAUCGUGAAGGAUCACCAAGCCGAGUACCAGAGCCAGGACGGCCAGGACGUACACGAGGAUGGCCUAAGGACGCGAGCGGCAUCGCGAAGCAGCGUGGACGGCGACCUGAUCUCGAUCGUGCAGCACGAGCAGGGGGACCAGCAGUACGGCCAGGACGCGGCCGGAGAAGGCCAGGCGCGCGAGCUCAAGCAGGGCACCGUGGACGCGGCCGCGGAGCUCAACGUCGUGCCCGUCGUGACGUCCGCGGAGUUCCAGGCCGAGACAGCGGGCGUGACUGACUCCGAAAGCACGCCGAAGGAACUGGAUGGCCAGAACGUGGACGGCGCCGUCGGCGCUGGCUUGGCGCCAGCAGGCCCCGAGCUGGGGCUGCUGCCCGAGGAUGCCCAACCUCCGCUCCCCGUGCAGGUGGAAGCUGUGCCGGGCGCUCCUGACGGGCGGCUCGCGCCGGAAUCGCCGCGGCACGAGGAAGGGUCGCUGCGCAGGCGCACCCGGCACAAGAGGAGGCUCGAGCUGGGACAAGUCGGGCUCACCGAGCUCUUCACUCCGAAGCGCGGCCUGGUAUCCUUCGAGGAGCAGGCGGGUGCGAAUCACACGAAAUCGGUGCGCAGCCGUUUCGCGGUCGGAGAGGGCGGCUCUUUCUCGGAACGGGGCGCCGACGCCAGGAAGCCGCUUAAGCUGGAGUUCGGCAACCUCACGGAGAAAAACGUCGGGCAAUUGAGGAAGCUGAACACGGCCACGUUCCCUGUCGUCUACAAGGACCAGUUCUACCAGGACUUAUUGCAGAAGCACCUGGCCUUCUCCCAGCUCGGGUACUUCGCCGAGGUGCUGGUGGCCUCUAUUUGCUGCAGGCUUGAGGACAGAAAAGACAAUGGUGGAAAGUCGCUGUACAUCAUGACGCUUUCCGUCCUGAAGCCGUACAGACACCGCGGGAUGGCCAGCCAGCUCAUGAAGUGGGCGAUAGACAAGGCGCAGGGCGACGAGGGAAAGGCCGCCGACGUGCGGGAAAUUUACCUGCACGUGCAGACCUCAAACUCCGGCGCGCUGUCCUUCUACAAGUCCUUCGCCUUCGAGGUCGUGGACGAGCUGAAGGCCUACUACAAGGACCUCGACCCGCCGGACUGCUACGUGCUGCGCAGGGCGGUCGCCGUUGGGGGCAGCGGCGACGCGCAGGAGGCGGCGGCUGAGCAGACGGUCGCCGAUGGCACCUGA